GUGUGUAUGUGUGUUUUCUGAAAGUCGCCUCGGAGAGAUUUUUCUCUCCGCCAAUCUGAAGCCAAUCACGGCGUUUUUUGCUGCUACACCGAGACCGAGAGAACAAGUCCAACCGGACCCGUCUGAGAUUCUGGAGAACUAGAUCCCAACGGACAGUUACACCACCGCGGAUGGUUCUAUUUCCAGGCGGGGGGGACCUGGAAGUCUGGGCCCGACGCCCCCUGUUUCUGACCCAGAAAACAGCUCCGAUCUCCGGGCAGCCUGUCAACCAGUAGGCCGAGUAGCCGUUGGCCCCUCCGGAGCUCACCAGGCGGCACCGAGGACCACCUUAACGGGCUCGUUGUCACCCAGUAGACACUAACUGUUGGUGUUGCUGUUUUUUAUUAAUCUUACGGAUCCAUUUUUAUUGUUUUUGACCGUAACGGUUUAAAAAAUAGCGGGGAGCUAGCUCCGGGUUGUGGCUAGGGGAGAUACAGCAACGGCCGGAAGUGACGCAAAAUUACGCUCGUAAAUCUCGUAAAAUCUAGGCUGCUAAUAUGACAAUAUGAUUUUUAACACUUUCACCCAGUUCCUCGCGAGUGUUUUAAUACAAAUCACGAUUUUUGUCUUCUAAACUUGACUAGUUGUUUCAGUAUUAAAGACUGUCGUCGCCGUAGCUGUAUCUAUCUGUAUCUAUAUAUUUUUUUUAAACAAACUUUAUUAUCAACACAGUAUUCGAACAAUACAGGUGACGUAGCUCCAGCCAUAGCUCCUGGCUGGGCUAAGCUAGCUCCGGGCUAAGCUAGCUUCUCUCCCCGGGAGCCAGGCAGCGGAGAGCCGCUGCAAGACAGGCGGCCUCUCGGUGCUGUCUCCCCGGAGACCCGGAUAAUAAUGGCCGCCCUCAUCAAGGAGAUCGUGAGCAGAAAUAAAAGGCGAUACCAGGAGGACGGCUUCGACCUGGACCUGACCUAUAUUUAUCCCAACAUCAUAGCGAUGGGUUUCCCUGCGGAGCGUCUGGAAGGCGUCUACAGAAACAACAUCGAUGACGUCGUACGGUUUCUAGACUCAAAGCACAAGAAUCACUACAAGAUCUACAAUCUGUGUGCUGAGCGACAUUAUGACACAUCCAAGUUCAGCUGUCGAGUGGCCCAGUACCCAUUUGAGGACCACAACCCUCCCCAGCUGGAGCUGAUCCGUCCGUUCUGCGAGGACCUCGACCACUGGCUGAGCGAGGACGAGCAGCACGUGGCCGCCAUCCACUGCAAGGCGGGGAAGGGUCGCACCGGCGUGAUGAUCUGUGCCUACCUGCUGCACCGCCGCAAGUUCCAGGAGGCACAGGAGGCGCUGGACUUCUACGGAGAGGUCCGCACGCGGGACAAGAAGGGUGUCACCAUCCCCAGCCAGCGGAGGUAUGUCAUCUACUACAGCUUCCUGCUGAGGAACCAGCUGAUGUAUAAACCCGUCGCUCUGCUCUUCCACAAGAUGCUGUUUGAAACCGUCCCCAUGUUCACUGCUGGCACCUGCAACCCUCAGUUCGUGGUGUACCAGCUGAAGGUGAAGAUCCACACGUCCAACCCGGCUAACACCCGGCGGGAAGACAAAGUGAUGCUGUUUGAGUUCCCGCAGCCACUUCCUGUCUGCGGAGACAUCAAGGUGGAGUUCUUCCACAAGCAGAACAAGAUGAUGAAGAAGGAAAAGAUGUUCCACUUCUGGGUCAACACCUUCUUCAUCCCGGGGCCGGAGGAGAUCCCGGAGCGGCUGGAGAACGGCAGCGCCGACAGGACGCACCACAACCUGGGCGUCAUGGCGACAGCGGAGAUGAUGACGACGAUGGGCGGAGAGGGCAACGACUUCCUGGUUCUCACGCUGACCAAGAACGACCUGGACAAGGCCAACAAAGACAAGGCCAACAGGAACUUCUCCCCAAACUUUAAGGUGAAGCUGUUCUUCACUAAGACAGUGGAGGAGGCCGUGGACUCCGAUGCCGGCAGCACGGCGCCCUCGGUGACGCCUGACGUCAGCGACAACGAGCCGGACCACUACCGCUACUCAGACACCACAGACUCAGACCCCGAGAACGAGCCGUACGAGGACGACAGGCACAAUCAGAUCACCAAAGUCUGACACACACACACACACACACACACACACACACACACA